AUGCAGAUUCCACCUGGACUUAUUGUGGAUAAACCUGGACUGGCAUGCAAAUUAUACAAGUCUCUAUAUGGUUUAAAGCAAGCCAGUCGACAGUGGUAUGCAAAGCUGACUGAGGCUUUGUGCUCUAAAGGAUACACACACUCCAUGAAUGACUACUCACUCUUUUAUAAGAAAAGUGGAAAUUCCUUGGUAUAUAUUGCAGUAUAUGUGGAUGAUGUACUACUUACUGGAACUGAUCAAAAAGAGAUCACACAAUUGAAGAACUACCUACAUGAACAGUUUAAGAUAAAAAACCUGGGGCAACUACACUACUUUCUAGGGGUGGAAGUGAUGUACAAAGAUGAUGGUGUAAUAAUUUCUCAAAGGAAAUUUGUGCUGGACAUGUUGAAGGAGUAUAACUGCUUAGAUUACAAGCCUUGUUCUUCCCCCUUAGAUCCCACAAUAAAGCUUAAAGCCAAAGAAGGUACCAUCCUACAAGAUUCUACUUACUACAGGAAACUGGUAGGUAAGUUAAAUUUCCUCACUAACACCAGACUGGACAUUGCAUAUAGUGUUCAACACUUAAGUCAAUUCAUGCAAGAGCCCAGGGAAGCUCAUUUAAAGGCAGCUUUCCAUCUGCUUAGAUAUCUAAAAAGUGAUCCCACUCUGGGAAUCUUCAUGUCUAAGGAUAGAGAAUGCACAGUCAAGGCAUAUAGUGACUCUGAUUGGGCAAGUUGUCCAGAUUCCAGGAGAUCCAUCACAGGCUAUUUGGUGCUUCUGGGUAAUAGCCCUGUUAGUUGGAAGUCCAAGAAACAGGAAACUACAUCACUAUCUUCUGCAGAAGCAGAGUACAGGGCUUUGAAGAAAGUAGUGGGGGAACUGGUAUGGUUGAGCAGGCUGUUUGAAGAACUGGAUGUCCCUUUUCCAGUGCCUAUUUCAGUGUUCUGUGACAGUCAAUUUGCACUUCACAUUGCCAAGAAUCCAGUCUUCCACGGAAGAACCAAACACAUAGAAGUGGACUGUCACUUUGUGCGCGGCCAAUUACAAGCAGGACUAAUUUCACUCCACCACAUUGGAACAGACAGUCAACUGGCAGAUAUUUUGACUAAAGCCUUAACGGGAAUCAAACAUAGUGCCACAUUGGUGGGAGGACUUCCACUUAGUCGUGUAAUUCAAUUCAAUAGAGAAGAAUCUCUCUUUCUUCCGGAAUGUUCAUCUGGCCUUUUUCUCCUUCUUCUAUUUCGACUACCAUUAAUCUCAAAGUAUGAAGCUUCCGCCAUUGAUGCUGGUGCACUCUCAGCUCAGCAAAUGUGGAAACCUACUGUUUCAUUGGCAGAAUUUUGA